AGGCUAUUGCAUGCUAGCCCAGCUCCUUAACCACUACAAAGCCAAUAUAUGAUGAAUAAAUGAGCAGGAGAUUUAACUUUGUGAUUGAAUUGUGAUUUUUGUCCAGUUUACAAGAAAAAAAAAAAAAAUAAUAAUUUCAGGAAUAAACAAGUACUCUUUGUGGAAAUAUGAAUCGCUCCUGUGUUAACUUUCUGAAGAGAUGGAUGGUUUUUCUGCACUUACUCUGCUGGACCAGUGGGGCUUUUGUCCAGGCCUUUGGCAUAUUCGGGAUGUUUAAAUCCCAGUAUGGCUCAAUCAUCAACACCUUUAAACCGCACUACGCCUCCAACUGCCUGAUAGUGACCGGGGCCGUCGUCUGCUGCGUGUGCUACCUGGGCAUCCUGGGCUCCCUGAGGGAGAACCACUGCAUGCUCAUCUUCUUUUAUAUUCUCCUGUUCCUCUUGAUGCUGGUGGAGUUGGCUAUGGCCUGUAUCUUCCUGGUAGUUGAGAGAGAGAUCGACAGGUACUUUGAGGAUGAUUUCUUACGUGCUCUGGACACCUACAAGCAGUCACCUGACACAGGAAAUCAGACCCUGAAAAAUGAGUUUCACGCCAUUCAGGCUAUGUUUGAAUGUUGUGGGGUGCAUGGGCCAUCAGACUGGGAUGGCCAUCCUCAGAUAUCAUGCUGCAUUGAAGACCCCUGUAACAUAUUUCCCAUUGUCCCAUGGAAAGAGGGCUGUUUUGGGAAGUUGAGGACCUGGUUUAAAAUUAACUUUCUGAGCAUCGGUGCAGGAGUUGUAUCUCAGGCCAUUCUACAGGCACUUUGCUUGUGCUGCUCUUGCCCAAUCAUGUGCAACUUCCGGAUGACUGGACGGGGAUAUAUGUGAUGGAAUCCCUCAAGAUGCCCUGUGUUUUCUCCACCUAAGUUGGGUUAAAUGGAUGCUUAUACUAUUUUUCUGAACACAUCAUUUCAGAUUGAUGUGAAAGUGUUAGUACAAGAAAAGUAAUUUUUGUUUAAUUACCAACUCAACAGAUGGUCGUUUUUGUUAAAUUCAUGUUAAAACAGAACAGUUCAGAUUAACUGUUUGGUAUUAAGUAUUUGGAUGAAAUUCUCUAUAGGAAACAUUCAUAUUUAUAGUAGAUUUUAAGUAAAAUGCACUUUAACUAUGAACUUAAAUCAAACUGCUGCUUUGUGCCUAUAUGUCUGAUGUGCCUGAUGUCUUAUUCUGAUUAAUAAGUACAAACCAUUUUGCUAUAUUGAUGUAUUUGUCAAAUGUUAAUCAAUUUCGUCCCUCUUGGGGUUUGUAGGUGGAAAAAAUAAAACAAAAACAAACAAAAAAACAAACAACUGUGUUCAGACUCUUUCUCUUCCCUUUUUUGUAGCUAUACAAUCCCAGUCCUUUUAUGGAAGAGGAACUUACACUAUUUCACAGUUGAAAAACAUUGGCCAAAACAUUUUUCUGGCUCCAUCACCAAGCACCAGGUCUAUUCUUAUCAGCUACCUUUCUAAGACUUUGGCUUCUUUUUCUACUCAACCGACAUCCGGUACACUUGUUGAGGAAGUCAUGUCAACUGAUGAUGCAUGGUGACGCUCUGAAAAUUGACUAAACUGAGUGUGACCAGCAAAGUGAAGGGAGACAUUUUCUGUGCACCUAACAAUAGUUCUGCUUGUCUGGUUGUGUGGUUUACAAAGAACUUUAGCU